CCCUCCCUCGGUCCGCCUGUGGACACACUGCAGCAGAGAAUUGGCUACCGAUUCACCGCGGCGCUGCCUCCCUCGGCCGCGUCACUCUAUUUAAAUUCACUCGGCCGUCCGCCGUCGGCAUCUUCUGCUCGCGUCCGACAAGUCUCUGGCCUUUUUUUUUUUUCUUUCUUUUCCUAAUUUUUCCGGGCCGACGGAUAAGGUGUUUUUUUUUUCCCAACUCACGCGGGCCGUACUUUGUCCCCUCAUCAUGUCUGCAGAGAUGCGGCGUAGCAGCACAACCGCGGUCCCGAUCAAGAACAUCGAGAGGGAGCUGAUCUGCCCCAUCUGCAAGGAGCUCUUCACCCACCCGCUGAUCCUGCCCUGCCAGCACAGCGUCUGCCACAAGUGUGUCAGAGAGCUGCUGAUGCAGAACCAUGAGGACUCUUUUGAUGCCGGCUCAGAGUGUUCCCUGCCGGGCAGCCCCAGGUCCAGGGUGCCCUCCCCCUCCAUGGAGAGGCUAGACAGGCUUGUGAGAUCAGGUGGGUUUCGCGGCUCUAUCUCGUCCCCGGGGUGGCGCAGAGGGUCUAUGACUCCCCGGGUAACCACCAUCCCAUGCCCAGGCUGCCAACACGACAUUGACCUCGGCGAGCGCGGCAUCAGUAUGUUGUUCCGUAACUUCACCCUGGAGAGUAUUGUUGAGCGCUACCGCCAGGCUGCCCGCGCUGCCGUGGCAAUUAUGUGCAACAUCUGCAAGCCUCCACAGCAGCAGGAGGCUACGAAGAGCUGUAUGGAUUGCAAGGCUAGCUAUUGUAAUGAGUGCUUCAAGCUGCACCACCCCUGGGGCACGCCCAAAGCUCAGCACGAGUAUGUUGGUCCCACAACAAACUUCAGGCCCAAGGUGCUCAUGUGUCCGGAGCACGAGAUGGAGAAGGUGAACAUGUACUGUGAGGUCUGCAGACGGCCUGUGUGUCACCUCUGCAAGCUGGGAGGAUCCCACGCCAACCACAAAGUCACUUCCAUGAGCAGUGCCUACAAGAUCCUCAAGGAGAAGCUGGCCAAGAGUAUCCAUUACCUAAUUAGCAAAGAGGACCAAGUCAGGACUCAGAUUACGGAGCUUGAGCUGCUCAUCAGUCAGACUGAGGAAAAUGGCCAGCUAGCAGAGCGCCGAGCCAACGAGCACUUUGAGCAUCUUUUUGAGACUCUGCAGGAGAGGAAAUCGGAGAUGCUGAGGUCCAUUGAACAGUCUCGUAAUGGACGCCUGAACCAACUCAAGGCCCAGGUGGAGGAGUACCAAGGCAUGCUGGAGAACAGUGGUCUAGUGGGCUACGCUCAGGAGGUGCUGAAAGAGACGGACCAGUCCUGCUUUGUACAGACUGCAAAGCAGCUGCAUGUCAGGAUCCAGAAAGCCACAGAGUCUCUGAGGACCUUCCACCCUGCAGCUGACCCCUGCUUUGAUGAGUUUGUGUUGGACACGUCCAGAGAAGAAACUCUGCUCAAAGAGAUGUGCUUUGGCGGAGUUCCAGACCCUCCUCUGAUUGACCUGUCCAAUAGCAGAGUCUAUAAUGAGGCCUCAAUCUGCUGGAGGCUGUCUGAUGAUCACCUACCCACAGAUCAGCACGUGGUUGAGUACCGCAGGCUCGGGGGCCCGAGCCAGUCCCCAUCCCAGGAGGAUGGUGAGGACAGUGGUGUCUGGAGGGCUACAGACAGGGUGUAUGGUCCCAGCACUGUUGUGUGUGACCUGGAGCCUGACAGCCUGUACUCCUUCAGGGUCCGAACGUGCAGGAACUCCAUGUUCAGCCCCUACAGCCCUGAGGUUACCUUCCACACACCACCGGCACCUGCUUUUGGUUUCCUGUUCAGCGACAAGUGUGGCUUCAGUACGGAGCGGCUCAUUCUAAACAAGCGACGGGACACCGUGGAGAGCGUAGCAGGCAUGGCCUUUCUCCUUGCAGGAGAACGUGUGCAGACGGGCAGCUAUAUUGGACUAGACUACAUAAUUGGGGACACGGGCAUCUCUCAGGGAAGACACUAUUGGGCCUUUAAGGUGGAACCGUACUCCUACAUGGUUAAAGUUGGAGUGGCCUCAGACUCAAAGCUGCUUGAAUGGUUUCACAAUCCCAGAGAUACCAGUAGCCCAAGGUAUGACCAUGAUAGUGGGCAUGACAGCGGCAGCGAGGACACAUGCUACGAGCUCUCUCAGCCCUUCACCCUCCUCACCCUGGGCAUGGGCAAACUCUUCAUUCCCAAGGCCUCUUCUUCCUCCUCUGUUUCCACAGCAAACGCAACUUCUGGUGACCCUGGCAAUCGCAUGCUUCCCAUGCCACAGCGCUUGGGGGUGUGCCUAGAUUAUGAUGCAUGCCGUGUGUAUUUUUACGAUGCCGACACCAUGAGGUGCCUUUAUGAGAGGCAGGUGGAUUGUUCGGGAACAAUGUAUCCAGCCUUUGGCCUCAUGGGCAGCGGCAAGGUUCAACUGGAAGAGUUCGUUGCUGCAAAGAGACUGACCUUCUGAGGAGGAAUGGAGUAUGUUGAUGCAUUAGGACCUGAAUUGAUAUAAUCUUCGGCAUGUUCUGAGAAGAGCAGGUUUUAUUGACAGGGUGAUGGAGUACAAUCCAAAUCGUUUUUGUUGUAGGUCGGAUGAGGCAGAUGUGAUCGGGGCCUUUGACCUAAAUGUGAAAAUGGGAUAUCUGCCGGAGACUGGCCUAUUCAGACUUGGCAUGUAUAAUGUAUGACCCGCACAUAUGGUGAUGACUCUGAAUAUCAGUGUCCAAAUACAGAGGUCUUGAGAAGUUGGUAUAAACGUGAAUGGUCUUCUCUACAUACCAAAGUCUCUGUAUCUGUUAAUUGUAUUUGACCUGAUUGUAGUUCCCAGUUAUGAUCAGCUGUUAAUGUGGUGGAAUUUUCUGCAAAGUUAGUCUGCAGCCACUUUACAUCUUCAUUGUUUUAACAUGAAACGCCUCCGAGCUUUCACUUACACUUCCUGUUUUGCCAGGGUUAUGUAUAUAGAUUGUUUUGCGUGUAUUGAUUAUUGGGUGAGCUUUGUUUCUUUGGCUCUUUUCUAUAACUAUUUGUCUAAAUGUAGCAGCAUAGGUGUAGAUGUAAUCUUAGUGGACCUGAGAGCCUUGUAGCUACUAUGAAACUAGUGCCUUUGUGCCCCUUUUUUUUUUUU